AUGGGUCUGUUCCGCAGCUUUGGUACACCAAAUGGUUCUCAAACAUGCGAGGCAUACUUCAACAAAGCAUCCAUGGAUAGAAAUGCGGCACAGUGGAAUGCGGCGCCAACAAAGAGAGAAAAUAUCUCUGCGAAGGCAGCAUUCGAGUCGCGUGCAUCGCUCUACGAUGCUCAGCAACCUCUUCGGGGAUCGAAUCUAGAUGUCGUGGUUCCAAUCAAGCUAGACGAAAACUUGCAGUACUCUUAUCCAUUGAAGUCGGGCAAAUCGGAGCUCAUUGCUCUGGACACUCUCCAAGAGGUUGCGCACCUAGAAGCAACUACCCCUUUCUCGUCCAUAACGAUCAACGUGCCCCUGGAUUUGAAGACGUCUGGAUCUGUUACUUUUAGCCACAACGCAUCGUCAGAGUCAGAUCAAGUGGACGAUAAGAUCUGGUUGCACACCAGCGUCCUGGCUACGACCAUUCCUCUGGAUCACAUUGGCAUUCGAAAGGGCGGCAUGAUUACCAUGUCGGCCAACAGCGUAUGGCUUUCGCUCGACACUCCAUAUAUAUCGCUUCCGGACAGCAUUUUCAACGUGCUGUUGCAGGCUGCAAACACUUCAUCGGAGCAGGACUUUGUUCUAGAUUGCGAUACAGUACCCAGACUGCCAGAUCUCGUCUUUGGACUGGAUAUUGAUCACAGCUGGACUCUUGCAGGUGAUGAGGUUGUGGUGAGACCGGAACAGUAUGUCAUGGAGACCGAGGCGGGGAAGUGUGUCCUCCUGGCUAGGCGCCGUCGCGGCUUGCAGAGGCUUGGUUGGGCAGCGAUUCGAGGAAGGGAGUUUGUGAUAGACUUGGCUGGUCAGAAGAUGGGGUUUGAAAGCUGA